UUAGGUGAGGUCGCUACAGGACAACCGUUGAGCGAAUUAAAAUUAACAAACAAACAAUAAGUACGCUAAGUGUCAAAUAAUUCUAAAAAAAAAUGAUUGAUUACUUAGAUUAUAAUAUUCAAAGGUAUUAUUAGUGAAAAAUCCGAAUGUCUUCAAAUCCUCAAAAAUCCCCUCAUUAUGAGGAUUUGAACUCAACCGAAGAUGAUACUUUGGGUACUUCUAUUAGUCUUAGUGUAGGGGAAACUUCAAUAAGAAUAAAAGAAAAACCUAAGACAUCUAAAAAAUCAGAAGAGAAACAUGAGGAAGAAAAGUGGUGGUUGAAGAAACCAGAUAUUUGGCUUGAUGCUUCUCAUGCUAUUUCAAUAGAUGAGAAAAUAAAACAAUCUUUAUCCCCUUCUCCGGAUGUUAGUUCUUCAAUGAAAGAAUUUCUUGAAAAAGAAAAAAUGUGUAAAGCUAUGCAUAAAAAUGAAAUUGAAAUGAAAGACAAAGAUGACACUUUAUGCGAUGUUUUAGCUUCUGCAGCAUUUGAUAAAUAUCCUUCUGAUUUUGAAAAUGCAACUGAUGAAGAUAUUGGUAGUAUUUUAGAAGAAAUGAGUAAGAUAGCUGGAACUUUUAGUCCAAAUUCAGCUAUAGAUCGUUCAAAGUCUCGAGAUUCAGCCAAAAAUCCUAUAGAGGAAGAAAAAUCCGUAGAAGAAUUAUUAGAAGAAGCUGAAAAACUUGUAAGAAAAAAUAGUAGCAGUUUAUCUAAGAGUGGAUCAAAAUCUGAUACUUUAGUACCUGAGAAUAUUCCAGAAGAUAUAGAAAACCUUAGCAGAGUUAGACAAUUAGAAGCUGAUAUCUUUCAAUUGAUAGAAGAAGAAGUACAUAAAGAGACUGAAAAAAUCAAAAAAAGUCCAAAAAAUGAGAAGAAGAGAGACAGUAGUCCUGGAUUUGAAAUUUUAUAUGAAACUGUGAAUAGUUUGAAAGCUCCAAAAUCUCUGGAACUUCAAAGAAGAAAAUUUGAAGAACAAAAAGUAGAGGUAUCUAGUAGUUCGGAUUUAGAUGAUCCUAUUGAAAGACAUUCCAAGUCGGAAGAAUUAAAAAGUAUAAGAAAAUUGGAAUCAGAUAAAGAUAAUUUACAAAAAGAAAUAACUGAUGUAGAUAAGGACUUUUUCGAAGAUUUAUUGAAAAAAUCUAAAGAAAAAGUUGAAGGUGGUAUGUCAGGUAGUUCAAGUUUCGGACAAGAAGACUUUUCGCAUUUUUUGAAACUUUUGCAAGGGCAAACUAGUAAAAAAGAACAAGAAUCAAGCCAAUCUAAUACUAUACACCCUUUUCUUUCAAAACCUGAAAAAAUAUUUACUUUAGAUGGAGAAACUACAAAUGGCAAAACUCCUGAAUUUCCUGAGAAGGAAAUUUCCGAUAUAUUAGAAAAGGAAUUACCUCAGACAAAUCCAAAAAUUGAACAUGAAAUUGUUGAAACAGAUUCUAGUGUUGACAAUGAAGAAAAAAAGCAAUCUUUAAAUGUUAAUAAUAAUUCUAAAAAUGAAACAGAACUAUUUAAUAAAAAAGAGGAAAUAUCUCCAAGAAACAUAACUGUAUCAAAAGAUGGUAAGAAAGUACUUAAUUCUAAGGAAGAAUUAUAUACAGUUGAUCUUACGCCAAGAUUAGAAUUAUUUGCAGAUGCAAUUCCUAAAUUAUUGGCUGAAAAGUCAAUAGAAAGUACAACGCAACAAGACAAAGAAUCCAUGGAAGAACCGAAGACGAUCGUACAUAAAACAAUUACAAAUUCCGAAAUUAAAUCUAAUGUUAAUGUUACAAUUCCUCAACGUGGUAACAUAGAACGUAAAUCUAUCCAUCUGGCUAGUGCAUCUAGCAAUAAAUCACAAAAAAAAGAGUUAAAAUUUUCUAAAUCUAAGAGUUAUGAUCAAAUUUGCAAACCAUCAUUUAGAACUUCCACAGAGAAUAUAAGAGUAAAUAAACCUUCGGAUGUUAUGAAAAGACCUACUAAUAAUGUAAUUAGACGAUCGCCAACAUUGAAGCCAAAAUUGCAACCUACGGUUAAAUCAAUCACGAAAACUCUUCCCAAGACUAAAAUAACUCCAAAGCCAAACAAAAAUUCUGUUAAGACUGGUUCUACUUUCACUUUGUCUUCCACGUAUAAAACACACCAAACUAAAUCAUCAGACAUUUACGCAAAAUGUACUACAAUGGCAGGUGGUGAUACGAAACAAAAUUUAACAAAAACGAAUUGGGAGAUAUUAUGUCGUGAAGAAAGACAUAAGAAUACUCUAUUGAAACAACAGUUGGAAUCAGAAGUGAAAUUGUACAAGAGUCAGAUAGACAAUAUGCGUAUAUCCUUUGAAGAAGAAUUAUUUGCAUUAAAGAAACAAAAUAUUAUUUUAAAAGCAAAAAUAGACGAACUUUCGUUAAAUGAGAAACGACCAGAUCCUCAUCCAAAAAAAGAUACAAAAAUUAUGCUUCUAGAAAAAGAAUUAGAGAAACAAGAGAAUUUGAUUCAAGCUUAUGAAACGGAAAAUAAGAAAUUGAUGCAGGACACAAAACGAAUGCAGGAGGAAAUGAAGCAGCUACAAAAACAAAAAAGUACAACUCUUGAAUCAGGUAAAAUGCAAGAACUUGCAGAUAGAAUCAAGGAUCUCGAGGAAGAGGCUUUGAAACUUAAUCUCGAAGUCUCUGAGCUUCGAGAAAAAAAUGCUGAUUAUGCCUUGAACAAUGAAGAUUUGAUUCAACAAAAUAGUCUUUUAAACGAUGAAUUGGAAAUGUUUAAGGAACAGUUAAGAACAAAGAACGAUUUCAUCACAGAUCGAUUACAAGCGAUGACUACGUCAGAGUUACAAUUGAAGAAACAAGUAGAGGAUUUGACAGUGAAAUUGAGUUCUAAAACGGAACAAUUGCGAGUGGUAAAACAAGAAUUCGAUAAAGUGCAACAGAAUGUGCUCCCAUUAGAGAAAGAACUCUUAGAAUUAAGGGUUAAGGAGGGUAAUCUUUUAGAAAAAUUACAGAUAUCCAAGAGUCACGUAGAACGUGAGAAACAAUUAACGCAAAAAUUAAAAGACCAAGUAAUUCUUGAUAACAAGAAGAUUACAGAUUUGAACAGACAGGUUCGUGAAAUGGAAAGAAUAUUAAAGAGAAAAAAUCCUGAUUCAGUGUCUGCUCUUAUAUUAACUGCGAAUUCUGAACAAGAAAAGAUUGGCGCAGAGAAAGUUAAAUUAUUAGAAGAUCGAAUUUUGAGUCUCGAAAAUGAAAUUAAGGCAAAAGAUGAAUUAGCACAGCAGAAAUUGAUCGAAUUCCAAAAGAAGUUUUCAGAUAUGAAAGAAAAAUAUACUACUCAAAUAAUAGAACUGGAUGGUAAACUAUUGGAAGCUAAUAUGAAAGAUCGUAAGGUGUACAAUGAUAUGUUCACGCAAACUGCAUCGAAACUUGUAGAGAACAAGAGUGUAGAAACUAUUAGAAAGGAGGAGAGGGCAGGAUCGUUUGAAAAGGAAGAGAAAAAGGAUCAAAAAUCUUUUGCGAAAAUUACUCUAAAAUCUCAGAACUCCAAAGACGAUGCUUAUCUCAUGGCUACGAUACGUGGAUUGAAAUUGGAGCUCACGAAUAAAGAUAAAGCGAUGUCGAAACUCACAAAAGAUUUCCAAGAAUUGCAAAAAACGAACACAAGAUUGCAGAAGGAGAGGGAAAAGUUGUUGAACGAUAGAAAAUCAUUGAAAACUAUGAAUUUUGAAAAGAAUCGUGGUAUAUCCUCGGAUUCAAAGUUGUUGACUUUGAAAUCUAUCGAAGGAAACGAUCAGAACUCCAACGUUUAUCAAAAUGGACAUGUAUCUGAUACUAAUACUCAACGAUUAACCAAUUCAGCACAAAAGCUUUAUGAUCCUAUGCAGUAUACCGAAAAUGGAGAUACAAAUUUAGUGAAGAGAUUGACCGAUGAGAAUGAUAUUCUAAAAGAGGAACUGAAUAAGAUGAACAAGGAUUUCAUGGCUCUGAAAAACAAACGACUUCACGAUUUGAAUAUUUUGCAAGAGGAACACGAACGUGAGAUGGCCACUUUAUUGAAGGAAUAUAGCGUGAAAUUCGGAGACUCUAAAGUGGUAAAGUUACAGGGUCAAAUAAAUACUCAAGUAGCUGUGAUAUCUCACUUAAAACAACAAAUAGAGAAAUUAAGAGAUUACAAAGAGCAAGUCGUUGUCCUAAAGGCUGAAAGGGAUCAUUUAGAAAAUAAAGUGAAGACAUUGAAUGAAAAAGUGAAAUAUUUAUCAACACCGAGUACAGAACAAUUGCAAUUAUUACAAGACAAGAUAACGAUUCUUCAACAACGACACGAAAGUCGCGAGAUGACAUUACAAAGUUUGGUGCGCGAUUUACUUAGAAAUAGAACCCAAUGUAAGGAUUGUAAAAACGAGAAGGGUAAAAAUCGACAAUUGUGUUAUUUCCGACAAGAGCUUGAUCAUAUUCUUGGAAUGCUUCAAGAAAUCGCCAAUGUUCAUUAAUUUUUAGAUGAACUAGAAUAUAUUUAUGCGCAAGGUGGUGCUCAUGAAAAAUAUCGAGAAAUCGAUAGAAUUGUAAUUUCUCGAUUCGUUAUCGGGCAUUGUGAUAAUUCGUAUGUUCAAGUGUACUGAAACGUAUCUUAGGUUUUUGUUAGAAGUUAUCAUGUUGUUAGGCACUUUAUAAAUAUGUAAGUGGAUGCACAGCCAAAAAAGGUUUGAUCGAUGUUUUUUUUUUUAUCGAUCUUUCCACGAAGGCAACACGAUUAAUUGUUCAUGGUCGCGUUUGCAAUAUGUUUAAUUAUUCUUAUCAUAGGAUAUGGAAAUUCAGUGAAAUCAUAUCGAUCCUGGGAAAGUUCGUAACAUAAUGAUUGACUGGGAUCACUGCCAAAGUUAAAGCAAAAGAAAAGACGAACAAAUAACGAAGUUACCGUUUUAUCGUAACUUCUCGUCGACAUUCCUUCUUGCCAUUGUGCGUGCAAUAUGCAUGGACAACGUCCAUAGUUGGAGUAAUAAAACUAUAAUAAUCGUAAUAUCAAAUGAAAACAUAGAAAUAUUUUGAUCUAUAUUUACUAAAAGCAAACUUUUUAUUUAUCUAAUAACGUAGGUUUAAAAAUUGUCGAAAACUUGACUGCUUCCAAAUCGGAACUAUCUUUAGCCUUGUAUUUAUUGUCAAUUUGACGAAUGGAUAGACAGACCAUAUGAACGUAUAGGAAGCAUCUUGAGGAAAUAAGAUAUUUUCCAAAGUUGCAUAGGAGUUAAUUUUUUACAUGAGGCUUUUUCAAGAUAUGCUAAACACGAACGACUCGGUUAUAUAAUUGUAUUUAUUUUCUAUUUAUAUUCACUCAUUUUUCGCGAUCAACGAAUCCAUCUAUAAUCAAGUCGUCCAGUUAUAUUAUACAUAUAUUUAUAUACAUUUUAGGAACAUUCAUUAAACGUUUUAGCAAUAGUUUGACUCUAUACUCACACGACGAACGAAGCACACGCAUAUCGCACAAAUUCGACGUGUCCUAGAUGUAAUAAUAUUAAAAAA